UUUUGCAGCGCGCGCGCGCAGCGAUGGCGGAGGCGGUGGAGCGCACGGACGAGCUGGUCCGGGAGUACCUGCUCUUCCGUGGCUUCACGCACACACUGCGGCAGCUGGAUGCCGAGAUCAAGGCGGACAAAGAGAAGGGGUUCCGGGUGGACAAGAUUGUGGACCAGCUACAACAGUUGAUGCAGGUUUACGACUUGGCUGCCCUUCGGGAUUAUUGGAGCUACCUGGAACGCAGGCUCUUCAGCCGCUUGGAGGAUAUCUAUCGACCUACCAUCAACAAACUGAAAACCAGCCUGUUCCGCUUUUAUCUUGUCUACACCAUCCAGACAAACCGAAACGACAAGGCGCAGGAGUUCUUUGCAAAGCAGGCCACGGAGCUCCAGAACCAGGCUGAGUGGAAGGAUUGGUUUGUCCUGCCCUUCUUGCCGUCCCCAGACACCAACCCUACCUUUGCUACCUACUUUUCUCGACAAUGGGCCGACACAUUCAUUAUUUCUCUGCACAACUUCCUGAGCGUCCUCUUUCAAUGCAUGCCGGUUCCUGUGAUCCUGAACUUUGAUGCGGAAUGUCAGAGGACCAAUCAGGUCCAAGAAGAAAAUGAAGUUCUGCGCCAGAAGCUCUUUGCACUGCAAGCUGAAAUCCAUCGACUAAAGAAGGAAGAGCAGCAGCAGGAAGAAGCAGCAGCAGCUUUGGUCCAGCAUAAGCUGCCACCCUAUGUUUCCAGUAUGGACCGCCUUGGGGACUCGGAGCUAGCAUUGGUGUGCAGCCAGAGGCCUGCCUCCCUCUCCCAGUCUCCUCGAGUGGGGUUCCUGUCCUCACUGCUGCCUCAGAGUAAGAAGAGCCCUUCGAGGUUGUCACCUGCCCAAGGCCCCGCUCAGGCUCAGAGUUCAGCCAAGAAAGACUCCUUCAGCAGUCAGGCUACCAAGGGAAAGGACUCAGUGCCCGGGGCCAAGGAUGGGAAGAGCCUUCUGAGCGGGCCGGUCCCUGGGGAAGCCAGCUGGACACAUCAGCGACAACGGCGUCUGCAGGACCACGGCAAGGAGAGGAGGGAGCUGCUCUCUACGUCCUCCUCUCAGUGUGCAGAGAAGAAGCCGGAAGUUAGUGGCGCAGAGGCUGAGCCCUGCCUGGAACUCCACAUGGGGCCAGUAGAGGUGCUGGCCCGGGUGUCCACAGCCGGGUCUGAGGGAGACCGUCCAGAGCAGCCCUUCAUAGUGCUGAGCCAAGAAGAGUAUGGAGAGCACCAUUCAUCCAUCAUGCACUGCAGAGUGGACUGCUCUGGUAGGAGAGUGGCCAGCUUAGACGUAGAUGGGGUCAUCAAGGUGUGGUCCUUCAAUCCCAUCAUGCAGACCAAAGCGUCCUCCAUUUCUAAGUCGCCACUGCUCUCCCUAGAGUGGGCCACCAAGCGAGACAGGCUGCUCCUGCUGGGCAGUGGUGUGGGGACAGUGCGUCUUUAUGAUACAGAAGCCAAGAAGAACCUCUGUGAGAUCAACAUCAAUGAUGACAUGCCCAGGUGGGUGGGUGCACUGGGAGCCUCAGGCUGCUACGGGUGCCCUGUGGGCCCCAGCUCCUGGAGCGGGAAUCAGCUCAGAGCCUGUGGUGGUGAUUGUCUGACCCCGGCCUGUGUACGUUGCAGAAUCCUGUCUCUUGCCUGCAGCCCCAAUGGGGCCUCUUUCGUCUGUUCAGCCGCAGCUCCCAGCCUCACCUCCCAGACAGACUCCUCCGCCCCGGAUAUCGGCAGCAAAGGCAUGAACCAGGUUCCUGGCAAGCUGCUGUUGUGGGAUACAAAGACCAUGAAGCAGCAGCUUCAGUUCUCACUGGACCCAGAGCCCAUUGCCAUCAACUGCACAGCUUUCAAUCACAACGGGAACCUGCUGGUCACAGGGGCGGCUGAUGGUGUCAUCCGGCUCUUUGACAUGCAGCAGCACGAGUGUGCUAUGAGCUGGAAGGCCCACUGCGGCGAGGUCUACUCUGUGGAAUUCAGCUGUGACGAGAAUGCUGUGUACAGCAUCGGCGAGGACCGCAAGUUCAUCCAGUGGAAUAUCCACAAGAGUGGCCUCAAGGUGUCUGAGUCCAACCUCCCUUCAGAUGCCACGGGCCCCUUUGUCCUGUCUGGCUACAGUGGCUACAAGCAGGUUCAAGUUCCCAGAGGCCGGCUCUUCGCUUUUGACUCUGAGGGCAAUUACAUGCUGACGUGCUCUGCCACAGGGGGCCUCAUCUACAAGCUGGGCAGUGAAGAGAAAGUUCUAGAAAACUGUCUGAGCCUGGGUGGCCACCGUGCCCCUGUGGUCACCGUGGACUGGAGCACCGCCAUGGACUGUGGGACGUGCCUCACGGCCUCCAUGGAUGGCAAGAUCAAGCUGACUACCCUCCUAGCCCAUAAGCUCUGAGGUCGGGCCCAGCUGACACGCGGGAAGCAGAACUGUGUCUGGCAGAAGAGAGAUGCGACGGGGGACAGGACAGAGCUCUGGUUCUGCACUGCCAGGGUGGUGGAUCUUCAGGAAAGCCCCCGAGGGGGCUCAGUCAUCCUGACGAAGCCCCUGGAGCAGGAGAUGUGGAGCAGGCUGCGUGUACUCCCUGAAGACUAGAACGUGGCUAUUGCAGAGCGUGCUCCAGAGCACAGGACAGAUGCUAAGGAAGGAGCCACAGUGGCCGGUGCACCCUCUUCAGUCCAAGAGGCAUUGACUGUAUUUUGUACAUAAUUGCUUAUUUUUCUUAUUUAAGGGGAAAAAAAAAUCAGAGCAAGGUAAUGCUCUUACAGUCA